AUGAAUCCAUCUACGAGAAACCUUCAUAGAGUCACCAUUCCAGAAUACAUGGAUGAUGGAACCCCAAAGGUAAGAAUCCCUAGUCAUGUUCUUCUCGGUGGUGUUGAGAAUCAAAAGGAAUAUGUG